AUGGCGAACAAAUGGGCUCAAGAUGACGAUGAUGAUGAUAAUGCAGACAAUCCUCAGUUUCUUGCUUCUUUCGCCCAAAGCCAAAAUUCGAAUCAAGCAAACGCUCAGCAAGUUCCAGGGAAAACAACUAGGCAAGGCAAUUCGGCUCCAAUGCAACAGAGCGAUCAACGAUCAAAUGCACCUCCUCAGCCUAUUGUACAGCAACAAAAUUCUUUGUCCAAUCGACUUACGACAGCUUACGUCGAAUAUCGAGGAUCCUUUCCUGUUAAUGCUGCAAAUCUUCCUCCCAUAGUGAGGCCAGAAGCGCGUUAUCCAUUACAGUCGAAUUAUAGACGAGGAGGAAACAGCGGAUGUUUCCCUCAACAGCACCCACAACAAAUGAAUUAUCGUCAACAACCGCCUCGUCACUUUCCCGGUCAAUCAUUUCAACAAAUUCAACAGUACGAUCGAGGCCAAGGUCAGAAUUAUCAACAACAACAAUAUCCGCCACAAGUUCGUGGAGGAGAGGGAAGAAGUGGAUCUCGCGGUCAUGAUUCACAAAAAUUCACCCCGCAAUCUGGAAGUGAUCGCCAAUUUCAAUAUAAUGCACCGAGAAGACCCUCUGGUCAGUUGAGAAAUGGAUAUCGUCCAAAUGGGCAAUUAUCUUAUCGAGGCAGUCAAAAUCCAAGUGGGACAAGAACGUUUGAGCUCAUCACCGGUGACGAACACCUUGAAAAUGAAAAUGCGAAUGAAAAAGAAAAAGCUGCUUUUGUGGUGUGUGCUUUUAAUCCGAUGCAUCUCUAUCCAUCUUCCGGAAUACAAGCCCAUCAGAGUACUUGUCCAAAUCGUCCUGUUUCUCAA